AUGCGUGUGGAACAUUGCUUUUUUUGCAGCGCGCCCUCCUACCCAGGACGCGGCAUUACAUUUGUGCGCAAUGAUGCAAAGGUAUUCCGCUUCUGCAAAUCCAAGUGCCACAAGAACUUCAAACUGAAACGCAACCCACGCAAGGUGCGCUGGACCAAGGCUUUCCGCAAAGCGUCGGGAAAGGAAAUGACGGUCGAUUCCACGCUCGAGUUCGAGAAACGCCGCAACAUUCCUGUUCGCUACAACCGCGAGCUCGUCACUGCAACGAUCAGUGCCAUGGAUCGUAUCAUGCAAAUCAAGGCACGCCGCGAGCGCGCAUUUUACCGCGCGCGCAUGGCCAAGGCUGCCGGCGGCAGCGUCAAGACAAAGGCAAAAGAGGUCGACCGUCUUGCUGUGCAUCGCAACCAGCACCUACGUCGUGCUAUGCAAGCUUCGCAAGACCGCGAUGCGCGUGUGGCCGAGCGCACCAAAGCCCGCGCCCCUCGCAAAACCGCGCUUGUCCCGUCCGAAGGCAUGUCGAUGGGCAUGCACACCGAUUAG